CAGGGAGGAAUGGGUGGCGGAGUGACGAAAAUGCAAGGAAAGAGAGAGAAGAGUUGGGACCGUUACAAUGCCACAAGAAGAUAAAGGACUGACAGUGGCGAGAGAAAAACAGGGAGAGAUGAGGGCAGCGAGUUAGAGUCGUGAGAGGGAGUGGGAGGAAGAAAGAGUGGGAAUUGGAGGCUGUGCAGUGCAUAGCAAAGUGGUGGUGGGGAGGGGGGGGUUAGGGAAAAAAGAGAGCGAUAGAGCUGUAGAGACGAGAAGCCUCUGCUGCUGUGAGCCAGUGAGACGCUGGAGGGCUGCAAGAAGAGACGCAGGUCCAAAAGAGGGGCUGAGGGGCUCCAGAGGCAGCAAUCGUGGGGAGAAGGCAGAAGAAGGAGGCAGGAUGAUAACAGGAAACAAGGCUCGGGUAGUUUGGAAUGUGCUGUAAGUGGGAGCAAAUCGGAUGAAAGUUGCACAGAAAAAGGCAGGAGGUGGAAGCAAAGACAGAUUGCGGAGUAACAGCCUAAAUUGAUGGCAAAAGUGGGAGGUGAUUUAUGGCAAAAGAGAAGGAAGCUUUCACUAGCUCAGGAGUCCUUUCCCCCCGUGCUUCUCGUGGACUUCAUCCAUCAGCAUGUUCUCUGACAGCAGGGCUCCGGCGGCCAGGGAGCACAGAACCUUCAAGCCUCAUGCCCCUCACUUCAUCCCUUGGCUGCGCAACAGCCUCAAGCCGCAGCCAAGUGGUGACCUGGGGCUCAACGGGCCGUACAAAUCUAAUCCCGAGCUCCAUGACAACCUGGCCCCUCUGGACAGAGCCAAAGGGAUUGGGAUCUUCUCCAUCUCGGGGAAGAACAAGGCAAAGAAGAGUGAGCUGCGCUGCAAUGGUGUGGGAAUGGCUAGAAUGCUGCCAGUGGUGCUGAGGGGGCAUCACAUCUUGGGGAAACAGAAGGAAGGCAGUCCCACCAAGUCCAAGCACUCCUUGGAAGUGGAACUAGAUCCCAUUAGCCACGCGAGCCUCAGUGACGCUGCGACAUCUGGCUCCCUGGUCACAAAAUAUAGUCCCCUUGUGGGAGGUCCCUCGGUUCCUGCACCUGCUCUUCUAAUUGAAGGUCCAGACUCUAAGGAUGCCCUCUGCAUGGAAGAGAGGAUGGAGGACAUUUGGGACUACACCAGCCAUGUUAUUCAUCAGAGGGACCUGCAAUCAUCUGUCUGGCUCAGUUCAAACCCUCAGGGAGCCUCUAAAGAUGGACAGUGCAGCUUCAGAUCGCGUUUCAGCCACAUCAGAGGGAAAUGCCAGAGCCAUAGGGAUCUGAAUGUGCUCAGAGAACCAGCUGUGGAAGGCUCUGGUGUCCCGCUGAAUGGAGUCAUCUUCUCCACAGAGGUUCCUCACAGAGGUCUGGGCUUUACUACCACUCUGCGAGGUCCAGGGAAACACGACAAGCACAUCGCAGCAUUGGGCCCGAACCGUGCCAGGUGGGUCGGGGACAAACCAAAGCGUGAGGAAGAAUCGCACAGAAAGGGGACGGAUUGCAAGAGAAAAGUGGUUCGGAACCAGCUGAAGCGGGUGGUGGACAACCUGGAGCAGGUUCUGACUGCACUGAGGGAUGUGCAGCAGGAAAUGAAAGAGGUGGUGCAUCAGAUCGACUAUCUGACCUCCUGCAUAGACCUGGAUGAAGAAGAGGAUUAUCAGGGAACAGGAGGCGAGAGCUGCUCCUCUUCGGGCUCCCACGAGGUGACGGUGAUCAGCGCCCAUCCGAGGCCCUCGGUGUCCGUAGACCACAGAGGAGCCACUUUCACCCUGAGGAAGGACCACCACAGCGGGAGGAGAACGCCUCCAAUUGAGCCGCUCCCCACAGUGUCCCCUCCAAGAAGCCUCCCCGUUAGGCCACCCACCCCGGGACUCUCCCCACUGACUGUCAACCUCCAUGCACCUGGCAGCCCCAAGUCUCCUCUAUCCUCUCCCGGAGGCUCGUCCUCCGUCAUGAUCAGCCCCAUCUCCCCGGUGUCCCCAAAAUGUCAUUCGACCGCUGUGCUGGGGCCUUCUGUCAUCAUUGAGCUGCCGCGAAGCGACCACCAGGCGACGGUGCGCUUCUGUCCAUCUGCGACAUCCCGACACCCGUCCGCCAGCUGCCCACCCACAGACUCGGAAAUGCCGGCCCACUCCGACAAAGAGAGGCGAGCAUCCUCGGCGGGCCCGCCUCUCACCGGGGCCGCAAAGCCGCUGUCGCGGCAAGGCCACAGGGCUCGCAAGCCUCCGCCUUACCCUCACCCCAAACUCUCAGACCCCGCAAAGCCAGCGCAGGAUCCCCGCAAAGCUCCUCCGUACCCCGAGAAGAGAAGACUGCUCUCAACCACGGUGUGAGACUGCGGCCCCUCCAACAGUAAGAGAGUUUCAAGGCCGGGCCACACGGAGCGGAGACAGACCAGGUUUCCAAGGUGACGGGACAUAGACUUGGGCCAUCACCUGGAUGUGGUUUACAUCCUGCUGGGACCACUGAGGGAUGCCUGACUGGUGGUGGUGGUGGUGGGGAGGGGGGGGGGGUCAGUGGGGGGCACCUGCUAAAACCAUUUCCUCAACCUCCAUGGGGCCAAUGCUGGAGCGAGAGACGACCCGCAAAGUAAACCAGGUAGAAACAUCACAUCUGUGAUUUGUUUUCAAAUUAUUUUAUUCACCAGAGAAGGAGCAGUAUUUAUGGAAAUAUUUCCUCUGGGAGAUGGAAGCAACAGAUUUGGGAGCUUCACUGCUAUAAGGACAAAAAAAAAAAAAAAAGCACCAAAAUUGUAAGGUUUUAAACUUGGGUUCACAUUAAAGAUAUAGAGUAAAUAGACUCCUCUCACUACAGAAGUAGCCACUUCAAUUCUAAUAAAAUAA